AUGGGCUUUUUCUCCUCACGAAGACCCGAAGAGGAUUAUGUGCCAGAUGACAAACAUACAGUAGUUCAGGUUAUCCGUUCCAGAUUCUAUGGACGAAACAAAGGAAAGGAACGUGAACUUCCAGAACGCCCGAAGACCGUUUUCCUCGCUCAAGAUACCCCAGCUGCACAAACAUUAUCACAUCCUACCUCCUCUGAGUCCGCUCAUCCCAUCCGACACGCAGCAUCGAUACCCUUCCUAGGUCCCAGAAAGCCAAGUUUAAACUCUAUUCGUGAGAGCGACAAUGCUCGGUCCUUUAGUCUCCGACUCAAACCCUCUGCUCCAACAAACCCAACAUCUCAGUCCUCAGCUUCUUUGUCCAAUCCGCCUUCUUCGUGGCCUUCUUCAACAGAAACCUCACGAACAAGUGAAUCCCAUAACUCUACAGCCUAUUCCACUAUAUCUUCAACGUCUUCCUCGUCUCCUCGAAAGCUACCAGAUAGCGUAACAACGACGCUCGCGCAGCGGCUCAACGAAUUAGCGGUCGCCAAUUCCGAAGGAUUGUUGAAUGACGAUGAAUACCGGGCUCUCCGUCAGAAUCUCUUUGAGCGCUUUGCAAGUAGCACAACGGUACCGACGGAAAACCCUGUAGUCCCCGCGACACCCAUAAAGCGGAAUCUGAGAGGUCCUUCAGAGGGACGAGCCUCUACGUCUUCGCGACCUUCUUCGAACUUCUUUGUGGACGUUCCACGAUCACCAUCCAUACGCUCAAAAACAUCAAUCCGGUCGGGCGUGGCGAGCUUAUUUCGAGCAGCCAGCCGCCGGACUGGGUCGAGGGAUCACCAUGAUACUGCCAGUGUUUUUUCGGGGAUCUCUGGCACGUCUACCUCACAUCGUCCAAACCCUCUGCAGAAGAAAUCCAGCAGUACUUCAGUUCGUUCGAUUCGCACCGAUGCAUCGCAUCAGACCGACACCAUGUCGACAGCCGGGAGGCGAACAGAGCGGAUACUCUAUGCUCUUGAUAGUCCACACACACCUUCUCGAGCAAGUGUGGGAUCAAGGCGCGUCGUAGCUCCUCCAUCCUCAUUCCCGAGAACGUCCGUAGCGGAAAAGUAUCCAGGGAAUGUACGGGAUGUAUUUGAUACUUCAACUCUUCAGACAUCUCGAGAUAUUCAACAAGAAUUGGAGGCGAUCGAAGGGGAGAGAAAGCGACUCAUGGAUGCCUUCAAUGGAUUGGAGUUGACCUCGCUGGCAAAAAGGCAGAGGCGACCUAACCGAGCCCGAGCGGGAAGCCGACCUUCGACCAUAGUUGUAGACAACCUGGAUCGCAGUGUGAUGAAGAUGGCAUCGACCACAACUUUGACUCCCGAUUCUCCCUCUUCUCAUUUACGAGUGCUUGGUGGGGAGAGUGAUGUCAUCUCCAUACGUUCUGGGACCUCCGUCGGUACAACUCUAUCAAUGAGCCGAUCUAUUCAUUCCAAAACGUUACCUUCCAAGACCAGUAACUCGUUAUUGAACAACAGCCCUUCACGAGGUUCAUUACAUCGCAAGAAUUCUUCCGGAAGUGUCUCAUCUGGACGUGCUCUAGUUGGGAAAGGGAAGCAGAGAGUACCUCCUGUGCCCGUUCUGCCUUCACAUCUCGGAAAAUCCGUUCAUGCAAGUAGCUCGAGUGUUAAUCUUACUCGAAGUACUGGUCAUCUUCCAAUGAGCUCUUUGCCAGAGGACGAGGAUGGGGCUCCAAUGGAAGUGGAGGAUAUAGAGUUCGAGGCCGAGAUGGAAGACAUUCGAAGAAAACGAGAGGAGGUUUCGCAGCGAUAUGAAGCUCGACUGGAGUACCUGAGAGCGAAGUUAAAGGGUGCUCAGCUCCACGAGAAGCUGAUGAAGAAGUAG